AUGCCUGGGCUCACGGUGCCUGUGCCUGCAGGAAGCCUUGCCCGGAUGGCUGACCCCGCCCCCAACGCCUCCGCUUGGCCCCGCCCCUCUGUGAACGCCUCAUCCCAGGAUCCAAUCAGAGCCCACAGCGCCGCCGGGCUGAUCCUGGUUUUCAUGGUAACCGUCUCCCUGAGCAUCCUGACCGUUGUGGGCAACACGCUGGUCAUCCUGUCCAUCAAGGUGAACCGCCAUCUGCGGACCGUCAACAACUACUUCCUGUUGAGCCUCGCGGCCGCCGACCUGUUCAUCGGCCUGCUGUCCAUGAACCUGUACACGAUGUACCGCCUGCGGGGCCGCUGGCCGCUGGGGGCCGCGCUCUGCGACACCUGGCUGGUCCUGGACUACGGGGUGAGCAACGCCUCGGUGCUGAACCUGCUGCUCAUCAGUUUGGACCGCUACCUGUGCACAACAUGGCCGCUCAGCUACCCGCUGCAGCGCACGGGCCGCGUGGCGGGGCUGAUGAUCGGCGGCGCCUGGCUGCUCUCGUUCCUGCUUUGGGCGCCCGCCAUCUUGUGCUGGCAGAGCGUCGGCGGCCGGCGGGUCAUCCCGGACGGACAGUGCUACAUCCACCUGCUGGCCAGCCCGGCCGUCACGCUGACCACCACGCUGACGUCCUUCUACCUGCCGGCGCUCGUCAUGGUCGGAUUGUACAUCCGGUUGUCGGCCGCCAGCCGCCGCAGGCUGACUUGCCUUCAGGCGGAGCUGGGGACGCCCAAGAUGGCGGAGCCGCGGGGGAAACGCUUCACCUGGAAACGACGCAGCUGGAUGACCAGGAACCGGGGCUCGGAUCUGACUCUGAACCAGCAGGGGAGUCCGGCCAACAGCUGCAAAGGCCUGCAGCCGCUCUCCAGAACCUCCUCAUGUGCAGCGGGAGACGAAGACGCCUUAUCGAUCACCGACCUCCAUAGCUCGGCCUCCGCGGCGCUGUCCUCCUGUCCCAGCUUCCGGUCCCAGGAGCGCAGGAGGCGGCGGGUGAUGGCGCGGGAGAGGAGGCUGACCAACACCGUCCUCGCCAUCUUGCUGGCCUUCAUCAUCACCUGGACGCCCUACAACGUCAUGGCGGUCAUCGCCGCCUUUCGUCACAUCCGAAUCCCCGACGCUCUGUGGACUAUGGGCUACUGGCUGUGCUACGUCAACAGCACCAUCAACCCCUGCUGCUACUCGCUGUGCAACGUCACCUUCCGGAAGACCUUCUGCUGCCUGCUGAGCUGCCGCACCUGGAAGCUGCACCAGCGCUGACACAGGUGAAACAGGAUCCAGGUGUUUACCAUGGCGCACUAGUAGAUAGAAGAUGGAGUUAACUUCUGCUAAAUGACUCAGAAAAUGUCAGAGUCUAAAACUUUCUUCUUUCAAAACUCUAGAAAAUUUCUCUGAGCUUAAUCUCAAAAUUUCAG